UGGAGUGGACAGAGGGAGAAGACCCGGCAGGGCAGACUUGGAAGGAAUGGCGAGGACAGGCUGGUGGGCGCUGAGGAUGCGCCUCUGCAGCAGCUGGCCGAUUCGAUGCUCAAGGAGGACUGUAGCUCCGAGCUGAAGAUCCACGUGGCAAAGUCUCUCCCACUGCCCUCCAAUGUGAACCGGCCCCGGAUUGACCUGAUUGUGUUUGUGAUCAACCUUCACAGCAAAUACAGCCUGCAGAACGUGGAGGAGUCUCUGCGCCACGUGGACGCCCCCUUCUUCCUGGGGAAGGUGAUCUUCCUGGUCACAGGCGCCGCGCGGGACACACACUGCAGCGUGCACCGGAGCACCGCGGAGAAGCUGGCCCACACCUACCGCAGCCCCCUGCUCUCCUGUGACCUGGAGACGGAGCCCUUCCGAGCCGCCGCGGCGCAGCGCCUGGUGCGCCUGCUGCAGGUCUGCGCUGGCCACGUGCCCGGCCUCUCGGCCCUGAGCCUGCUGUCGCUGCUGAGGGGCGCCGAGAGCUCCCCGCCGGAGGACCUGUGACAGCGCGGAGGCCCGGCCCGCCUGCCCACCCUUGGGCGCCUGACAGGCUGGCCAGGCCCUUCGGCUCCCUGCGGGGCCCAGACUCCCCGCGCCCCUGGCAGUGCUGGUGGGAGCCCAGCCGGUGGGCGGACCCAGCUGGGGGAGCCGGCCCCCCACCCCCACACUCACGUCCUCACCCCUCUGACGUCUUACAGCUCCACAGCACGAAGACUUCACUUAAACAAAGGCUCCGUGGCUAAAAAAAGUUUGAAAAUCACGGGUCUCACCAGUUUGAUUUUGCAGACGAGGAAACUGACUCAGACC